UGGACUGAAGCGGCGUUUCCCAUCAGAAUGACUCUUCCAUGGAGACGAUUGUUCCUGACGCCCGGCCGCCGCCUCUCCUCCGUCGGCGCGGCUCGUCCGCUCCGCCGGCUGCUCCACGUGGGCCAGCGAGCCUCGCUAACCAAAGCCUUCUCCUCCCGCGACGUGCAGCUGUUCGCCGAGCUGACGGGCGACACCAACCCCCUCCACCUGGACCCGGCCUACGCCAAGACCACCUCCUUCGAGACGCCCAUCGUGCACGGCGUGCUCAUCAACGGCCUGAUGUCGGCCGUGCUGGGCACCAGGAUGCCCGGCCGCGGCUGCGUCUUCCUGUACCAGGAGAUCCGCUUCCCGGCGCCGCUCUACGUCGGGGAGGAGGUGGUGGCCGAAGCCGAGGUCCGCAAGAUCAAGAUGUCGUUCGCCUUCAUCGCCGUGACGUGCUCCGUCAAGGACAAGGUGGUGAUGGAGGGGGAGGUGAUGGUGAUGAUGCCGGAGGACCAGCAGGAAAAGUGAGGAGGCAAAACUGAGACAUCAGAUGAAAAACGGCUGCAGAGCUAAGAACCUGCUCUGCAGCUCGUUUCUGCAGAUGUGUAGAUUUGAUUUGAAAAACCUCGCUUGACACCUCAGAGGUUUGUUUUUAUUUGGGUGAGUCUUCUUUUUUGGAAUUUGUUCUGUUUUUGCUGUGUUUUGUUUGUGUGAAAUAUUUUGGUGGAAUAAAAUAGAAUUAAAAAUGCCUCAAUUUUCUCACCUCUU